AUGUCUCCCUUGUCGAUGUGUCGACAAUGUCUCCGCAACACCGUCAUCCGCAGCCAGCAUCAAUAUCAGCAUGCUCGGCCUCGAAUCAGCAUAACCACCGCCCGUCGCGCCGCCUCCACAAACAGCGGCAAACCCAUCGUUCUGGAACAACCAGAUAAAUUCCGCCCGCCGUCACAUCCCGCGCGAUUGAACCGUCCGCGAAGGCCAACGGCCGCGUAUAACCAGGGGACGACCUCGGAAGAGAAGGCGAGGCAGCAGCACAGGUCGUACCCGCACAUGUUCCCCAACCAAGGCACAUUCAUGCAUUGGUUUCUGACGGAUCGGAAGAUUCAUCUAUGGAUUACAAUGGGCACCCUCACCAUCCUGGCGUGCAUCACCAUGACGCAGUCGUUCGUGCGCACGUCGCCCUACGCGCAUCUCCUGCCCUCGCUCUCGUCCUUCCCGCUGCACCCGAUCGAAUACAUCUCGGAGACGCUGUCGGUGCUGCGCCUGCACAUCGAGUACGAGACGCAGCGGACGAACGAGUCACGACAGCAGAAGAUCCUGGACGCGCAGAAACGCCGACUGUACCGUCGUGCGCACGGCCUCGAGGAUCUCAACGCCGACGAAGACCAGGGCAUCGACGUGCGCGGCCUGGUGCCCUGGGACGACGGGCUCACGAACAAGGAGCGCACUCAAGGCGGGAGGGAGAUCGUCUUGACCGGUGCGGACAUGAUCAAGCUGGGCAUGCAGCCCGGCGAGCACCAGAUCGAGUUCAUGAAGAGACUGGAGUCGCAGGGCGACAGGUUGAGGAGGGUCAAGGAAAGGGGCUCAUUACCUGGUCAAGAUCCCGGACAGGAAUCCCAGCCUCAGGCCCAACCGGAGAAGAGGCGGAGGAAAUUGUGGUUGGGCAUCUGGUGA